AUGCAAGCCGCGGCGAACAAAUUACAAGAGCACCUUGGGACUUAUCCCACUAAGGCCAAUCCAGAGCUCAAGCCGCGCAAAGAUGGUUCAACGAUGAAGGCGCUUGCAUGGUUCGAAGUCAAUGACAUCCGCGUCAUCAACGCCGAUGUCCCAGAUAUUGUCGACCCCGGUGACGUUAUCUUGAAAGUCACCGGCUCCACUAUUUGCGGUUCAGAUCUACAUCUCUUCCACGGCGAGAUCAUGGCGUUGCAGAAAGGUGAUAUACUCGGCCAUGAGUUUAUGGGUGCCAUCGACCGCAUCGGGCCCAAUGUGAAGAGUUUCAAGGUUGGCCAGCGCGUGGUUUCAUCCUUCCAAAUUGGCUGCGGUCAAUGCAAAUUUUUGCAAAGAGAAGUUGUCAUCUUUUUCCUGCAAAACUUCAUGUACGGCACCCACGAUGCGGGAUUCUUUGGUUAUUCUCACUUCACAGGCGGGUUCGCAGGCGGGCAAGCGGAAUACGUCCGCGUCCCGUUUGCAGAUUAUAAUCUCUUGUCGAUCCCGGAUGAGCUUGCAGAUGAGCAAGGACUUGGUCCAAUUGGACAAUGUGCCGCCAAAUGGGCAAAGCUUAAGGGCGCAGCGCGCGUUAUUGGUGUCGACAAGUAUCCUGAUCGCCCGGAAUUCGCUUGCACCCAGUCUGGCAUCGAGACUACCAGCUUUACAGAAUUCAAAGACGUUGCCAAACGUAUUCAUGAGCCAGUCCCAGGAGGACUAGAUGUUGCCCUUGACUGCGGCUCAUUCCAUGAACCGAAGACGCUCCUCCACAAGGCGCAGAAACUUCUCAUGCUUGAAACAGACGUUCCAGAGACGGCCAACGAGAUGAUUCUCUCCGUCCGAAAGGGAGGAAGCUGUGGUAUCAUCUCUGCCUAUGCAGGCUUCGCCAAUGGUUUCAACAUCGGAGGGAUCAUGGAGAAGGGGAUUAGAUUCAUCGGCAAUGGACAAGCACCGACGAAGAAGUAUUGGGAUGAAAUCCUGAACGAUUAUAUCGUCCCUGGAAAGUUUGAUCCGACUUUUAUGAUCUCACAUCGCAUUCCGUUGGAAGAUAUGUCGAAAUUGCACAGUGCUUUUGAUCAACGCCGGGGUGGGGUGAUGAAAGUCUUUGUGGAGACCAAGUUCUAUCUCCUAGCCCUGGAUGCCCGACGACGACACGGGUUGAUGAUUGGGAGAAAUGAUCAGAUUCUGAGGAAGCGGGCAGCAGGACUCCGUCUGGUGGCCCAUGUAUUUGCAGUGUUGAUGUCCAGAAGCACCUGGAACAUGUAUUUGCAGUGUCGUUGUCCUGAAGCGCUUGAAAACAUUCAUAGUGACAUUCAGACUUCCACAAGUCGCACGUGUGACCUGUUGACGGCCUAA